AUGCUUUCCAGAGAACUUGAUCGCCAUGGCAACUGGCUUAUGCCUGCUUCUCAGACUGUCUUUCCAUUAUUGGGAAUUGGAAUCACCAUGAACCCCGGUGACUCCUUGCCUACUUUCACGGCAGUGCCCUUUCCUCCACCCAUUCCUGGCCCCCAGCAGUGGCCACCCUGGGGGCAGCACCUGCCACCUCCCAUCACCCCAGCAUUCCCUCCUGGCAGCAGCCAGCUGCUGCCAGCUUUCCCCACGAUGCCUUUGGUGGCUAAUGGUGGCUGUGGACCUAGUGCCCCUGGGGCCUGCAACCUCACUAUCCAAGUCAGGUCACAAGGGAGGCCAGUGGAGGCCCCCCAGAUUCAGACCUUUAUCAUAACUCAGGGCCCCCUCACCUGGAGCGCUCCAGGGGCCCUCAGCAGGAGUGCUGCAUGUCCUGCACCCGUAUUCGUAACAAAUCCUGCGAUGGAGACCAUUGUGACUGCUCCAGCUGUUGGAGUUACUCAGGCUGGCAAGGGAGGCUGGACCCCAGGCUUUCCUCCUCAAGCUCCACCACCAGCUGCCCAGCUGGUCCCCAUCAUUCGCCCAGUGAACUCUGGGCCUUGGCCACAUGGCACUUCCAGGGAGGGCAGCCUGGCCACCAACCAGCCCUACGCCUCGCAGGGUGACUGCUCUAACCCCCAGAGCGUGUACAGUAACUUCCGACGUUGGCAGCGCCUCAAGCCACUGGCGCGGAGACACCUUCCCCAGAGUCCUGAUGCAGAAGCUCUGUCCUGCUUUCUCAUCCCAGUGCUUCGAUCCCUGGCCCGCCUGAAGCCCACCAUGACGCUGGAGUGGGGACUGUGCAGGGCCGUGCAGGAAUGGCAGCGCGUUAGCAACUUUGAUCGAAUGAUCUACUAUGAGAUAGCAGAAAAGUUCAUGGAAUUUGAGGCCGAGGAUGAGAUGCAGAUUCAGAAGUGGCAGUGGAUGCAGUGUGCGCAGGACCUGCCUCCUCCAGCCCCACCGAAGCUGGAUCCUCGGGGGCCCCCAGCCCCGAAAGUGGGCCUUCAGCCAGCCUGUGCUCCCAGGAUGUCCGGGCCCAGGGCCCAGCCCUCCCGCCCAAAGUCCCAGCAGCCCCCGGAGCCCAAGGCACCCAAGGAGAUUCCCCCCGAGGCUGUGAGGGAGUAUAUGGACAUCAUGGAUGCGCUGGUGGGGCCCGUCCACUCAGCCACAGGCGAGUCAGAUGCGGAAGGUGGAGAGGAUGGAAAUGAGCUGAAGCAGGAAGAGGACGGCAUCUACUCGGACCCGGGCCUCUUGAGCUACAUUGACAAGCUGUGUUCCCAGGAGGACUUUGUCACCAAGGUGGAGGCAGUCAUUCACCCUCGAUUCCUGGCAGAAUUGCUUUCCCCAGACCCACAGCUGGAUCUCUUGUCCCUAGCGGAGGAGCUGGAGCAGGAGGAAGGGCUCACGCCGGAAGAACUGGUGCAGAAACGACUCCUGGCCUUGAAAGAGGACGAGGGUGUGGGGGCAGCCCCGAGUCACGGUGCACCCGGAAUGCGCUCAAGUCCUUCUGAGCCCGACGCCGGCCAAGGUGCCCAGAGGCACGACCAAGACCCCCAUCCAGGGGUCAGUGAUGAAGCCUGCCCACCAGAGAUCGAUUCUGAGGCUCCUCAUAGGCUCAUCCAAACAGACACUGGCCUGUGCAGGCCCAAAGCCUUUGUUCCCUCUCGAGGACGUCAGGAGGUCUCUCCAUUCCGGGCCGGACCGCCCUCCCCUCCCCAGGGUCAAAGGAGCACUGCCCCUCUACGGGGACCCAGGGACGCGUCUGUUCUCAGAGAGGCCUCUCCUGUUCGGGAGGCCCGAGGGCCCAGGGACGGGUCCGGUGAGGACAAGGUGAAGCUCCCUGGGAUGAUCUUCGUCGUGGGCACUCAGCACAGAAUGCGGCCUUUCAGUCUCUCCCAGAGUCCUGCCCAUGCCUCAGGCCUGGCCUCCCCUGGAGGUUGGGGGGUCCAGAGUGCUCCCCACGCCCCCUCCCCUCAGAGAAGAGGUCUCAGCCCAGCUCCACCAGCCGCUCUCAAGUCGAGGAAGCGGGCUCUGUGUGGACGCCCAGCCAGUGCUGAGAAGCUGCCCAUCCCCUUGGCUGCCUUCGGGGUGUCUGGGAGGCCAGCCUUGGCUCUGGGGCCGGAUCGCCCCUCACGGCCGAGAAAGAGAAAUCGUGACCCGUUUGUCACAGAGAGGAGAAGGAAGAAGAAGAAGAAGCACUGCAGGCAAUCUGGGUGGGAGCUGGGAUCCGUGCAGAGGAGUGUGGAGGCCUCAGUCACCGUCCUGUGGGUGCUGGCAGAGACUUCGAAUCAUCAGAGCAGGGGAAAUGACCCGCUCAUAAGGGGUGAUUGCGUGGAGAUCCUCUACUGUGACUUUGCCAGUUCCUGGAUUCUGAUGGGGCUGGCCAGCUGGGACUUUGACUGCCGACAUCCCAUGUACCCCAGCAUCUUCACCAAUGUCACCUACUUCACCUACUGGAUUGAUGAGAUCCAGAGACUCACACCUCUCCCUGAGCCCACGUCCGCUCCUCCUCAGACUCUGUGUCCAUAA